UGUCAAGAUGACAUUGACAUUGUUAGUUCCGACCGAUUGCCACCGUGCAAAGACUCUUUGGUCUGGAAGCAAAUCAAAAAUACUAUUAUUCUUAAAUUGUUGAAGCUCAUCAGAUUUUAAAGUGAACAAUAUGUUGCAGAAAAGAGCUUCAUUGUUACUAUUCCAACAUUUUAAUCGGAGCAGAAUUCAAGCAAUUGGUAGUCGUUGCAUAACCAAUACGACAGAUGAUAUUUGCACCCAUACAGGACAAAAAUGGGAUGCUGAUGAUUACAGACUUGCUAGAUUCAUGAAUGCUCCAAAACAUGUUAAUCAAAAUUGGGCAGUUAAAUUAAUUGCAGAAGUGCCACCUAAAGAAGUAACUGAAAGAGUUGUUUGGUGUGAUGGAGGAAGUGGGCCAGAGGGUCAUCCAAGAGUCUACAUUAACUUGGAUAAACCUGGUGAUCACUCAUGUGGCUAUUGUGGUCUACGAUUUAUAAAAAAAGAAAGUCAUUAACCAAGUGGAAGAAAAUAUAAAUUUUUUGUUAA